UAGUAACUGUUAAAAAGUUACAGAAAAUAAUAAACUUAAAAUAUCUUAAUUUCGAAGUAAAGUCCAAGUUGAAAUCAAAUUCUAAAAUACAUUCUUACUACACCUUUGCAAAGCACGCCUUCAAAAUUAAGUAACAGAUUGUCUCUAAAAUCGGUGCCGUUAAAGACAGAUACGCAUGUACCUAUUGUAUUUGCUUCUCGAAAUUACUUGUAUUUCUUGUAUUAAUUAUGGCUUCUAAACGUUCACCUGAGGUCGAUUGCAGGAAUUUUCAAAGUUGUAAGUGGAUGUGCCUGGCUAAAACGAGUUGCCAUUUAAAUGAUAUGGAUCAAGUUAUUAACAAUGAGUUUGACAGUUUGAAGGUAUUUGGUACCCAACCUUCUUCAGUAAAUUUGUUUCUACGCGAAGAAAAACUACGUCAAAUACAUUAUUAUUUAUUUGAAUUACAAGAUACAAAAAAGUCAACCUUAGUAUUAUAUGGAAUGUCAGGUGUUGGAAAGACGCAAAUUGCCAGAAAAUACUGCGAAGUUUAUCAUAAUUUCUAUAAAAACAUUGUUUGGAUAGAUGCAGCAUUUGGAAAGUUACAAACUUCAAUAAAUAAUCUUUGUCAAACACUAGGAUUGGUUGUCAAAGAUUCAAAUGGUCGUUAUUUUGAUUUAGAAGUAGUCAUAGAAACAAUUCAUAGCCAUUAUAAAAAUGAAAAAACUUUGUUUAUUUUUGAUGAUGUUGAUGAUGAAAGUGUUAGAAAUAUAAGAAUGUACAUUUCAAAGAAACCAAAUUCAUUUAGCUUGAUUACUUCACAGUGGAGAAUGUGGUCAGAUAGUGUAAAUCAGAUGUUAAUUGACGUUUUUUCUCCUGAAGAUGCUUUUACGUAUAUAAAAAAUAACAUCAAAACAAAUACCGAAGAAAAGUUGAGAGAGUUAAUUAAAGAACUUGGUUUUCACCCAUUCGCCAUCAAUCAGGCGAUAAAAUAUAUUAACAUGCAUAAAGUAACAAUUGAAACAUAUAUAAGUCGAUAUAAAUUACAUCCUAUAGAAAUACUUGACAAUGAAAAAUUUCGAACUGAAGAAGAAUCAAAGUCCCCUAUAAAAGCAAUCAACUUAGUUUUAAAAAAGUUAGAAAACAAUGAAAUCAUUCCUUUAAAAAUAAUAAACUGUCUAUCUUAUUGCGAUGGUCAAAACAUAAGUAAACAUUUUUUAAUCCAAAUUUCAAAAUACAUGGAAAUAAGUGAAGAAUACUUGAUAGAUGACGCAAUCGGACUACUGCAAAACUAUUCGUUAUUAGAUUGUCUUAGUGAUGACAAAUAUACAAUACACGAACUGACAAAGUUAUCAUGUAGAUAUUUUCAAAUAAAAAAUUCGACUACUAAUAUUUAUCUUGCUUUGAUUGAAAGUUACUUCAAGUUUGAGUUCAAAAAAGCAAAAGAUCACGUUGAUGACGGAAACCAUUUUGUUAUUCAUUUUCUUCACAUGUUUCGUAACAACAUAAAAAGGAUGUCUAAAACCUUUCAUCGUUAUGCUGGUAAAAUAAAUCAUUUAUUAACGCGUAAGAGUUUAUUUCUAGAAACAAUUGAAAUAUUAAAAGCUGUUGAAAGUUUUAAUGUAAAAACCUAUGGAGAAAAUGAUGGAUUAACUCUUGAUACAAAAAAUCAUAUUGCAAAUUGUUUGUACAAAAUAGGAAAACAUAAAGAAGCUUUAAAAAUUCAUUAUUCAGUUGAUAAAAUACAAACUGAAUUUUUAGGUAUCGACCAUCCAUCAACAAUGACAACAAAACAUUGCAUUGCAAUGUGUUUGUGCGAAAUGCUUAAAUAUUAUGAAGCUUUAGAAAUUUAUUGUUCUGUUGAAAAAAUGAAAACUAAAAUUUUAGGUGUCAAUCAUUUAUCAACAUUAGUAACAAAAAAUAAUAUCGCCAUCUGUUUUGUUGGUAUAGGAAAAUAUAAUGAAGCUUUACAAAUUUAUUAUCCUGUUGAAAAAAUACUAAUUGAAAAUUUCGGUAUCGACCAUCCAUCCACAAUGACAAUUAAAAAUAAUAUUGCAAUGUGUUUAUGCGAAAUGGGGAAAUGUAACAAAGCUUUAGAAAUUUAUUAUUCUGUUGAUAAAUUACAAACUGAAAUUUUAGGUAUCAACCAUUCAUCAACCAUCGCAACAAAAAGUAAUAUCGCAAGCUGUUUGUUUGAAAUAGGAAAAUAUGAUGAAGCUUUAGAAAUUUAUUGUUCUCUUGAUAAAAUAAAAACAGAAAUUUUAGGGAUCAACCAUCCAUCAACGACAGAAACAAAAAAUAACACUGCAAAGUGUUUGUGCAAGAUAGGAAAAUUUAACGAAGCUUUAGAGUUUUAUUAUUCUGUUGAUAAAAUGAAUAUUGAAGUUUUAGGUAUCAACCAUCGAUCAACAAUGGCUACAAAAAAUAAUAUUGCCAUCUAUUUGGAAGAAUCGGGAAAGUAUAAGGAAGCUUUAGAAUUUUAUUAUGCUGUUGAUAAAAUACAAACUGAAAUUUUAGGUAUUAACCAUCUGUUCACAAUAAACACAAAAAGAAAUAUCGCAUGCUGUGUGAAAAAGUUAGAAAAAUCUUGAACGAACUAUAUUUUCUCUUAAAUAAGCUAUAUAAUAAUGCAGUCCGCAAAAUCCGAAGGAUAUUAGGUCGGCACAAGAGUGCUGUACUUAGCCAACGUCAAGUCGGCAAAAUAUUGCUUUUGAUUUUUUGCAUCCUGUUACAAAAAAAUUAAAGAUUAAUUGAUUA